UUCGAAGAAGAUAAUCAUGAAGGCUCAAAAAUCCGCUCUUUUCCAACCGGCCGCUACACAGGAGAUGUCGAAGGUUUCACGCCACUACCCUCUCCGUUCUUACUUUGCGCCUCUACGUUCAAGCUCAUGCCGAGUAAACUUACCGCUGGCCACCUAAACACGCUACUUCUCGCCGUAUUAUCCCACCUAAGCUGUCCUCACCGAUGCCAGCAAGAGCUUUACUGCGUAGAGUUGUUCGCGAAUAUGGCGCAGCCCUUUUUGAUGCAUCAUCUUCAUGACUUAUCUAUUCUUCCUUCGCCUUUGCUUUUGGGGGUCCUUCGUGAUUACUUACAGAUGAACGUUUGUUCGACCUCCUUAUCUCACAGAAGCAUGGACGUGUUUUUUAAAUUUAGCCUCAUCAACGCUACAAACCCUGUGGAACUUAUUGGACACUCGCGGUCUAUUCCUAGAAGGGUCGGACGUACACUAUACAGCCAAGAAGUACCAUGCCCUAGUAAACCUCAUCCUCGGUGGAACCCUUCUGGCAUUGAUUUUGUUCCCGUACCGAUUUGCUCUGAAUAGCGCACAUUUCUCACUAUUCAUUCGGUGGCACCGCAAGGUC